AUGUCUACAUACUCAGCAGAGAAAACUGGCCUAGAUUUUGAUAUGGAGUAUAAACCCCAUGAAGCGUCGGCUUCUACACCAGAACUAUACAUCGACCCAGUGGCGCAAAAGAAGCUGCUGCGCAAGCUUGACUUGUGGAUUGCUCCGGUUAUGACUAUUGUGUUUCUCUCUGCAUACCUCGAUCGUUCCAAUAUUGGAAAUGCUGCUUCUGCAGGAAUGGUCAAGGAUCUUGGCAUGACGGAUGGACAACUUGGAAAUGCUGUGACGCUCUUUUAUGUCACCUACGUGGCAGCAGAAAUUCCUUGCUCUCUCGUUCUCAAAAAGUUCCACCCCAGCCGCAUGAUUCCGCUGCUUAUAUUUUGCUGGUCAACUGUCCUGAUCGGAACAGGAUUCAUGCAUAACGCUGGACAGCUCUACGCUAGUCGACUGCUUCUUGGUCUCUGCGAAUCUGGCAUGUUCCCUUGCCUCGCUCUGUACCUGAGCACCUUCUACGAGCCAAAAGAACAGGCAUUGCGCGUCUCGUAUCUUUUUGUCUCUGCAGCGCUGUCUGGCUCUUUUGGCGGUCUGUUCGCCUACGCUCUCAUCAAGAUGGACGGCAUUGCCGGCUUACAAGGCUGGAGGUGGCUGUUCAUCAUCGAGGGCCGCGCUACUGUGCUCGUCUCCAUUGUUGUCUACUUUUUCUUGCCAGACAACUUCGAAACGGCCAAGUUUCUUGAUGAGAGCGACCGAAAGUUGAUGCGAGUUCGGGCUGAGAUCAAUGCGCGAUACAAUGGAACGCCGGAGUUCGAUUGGGCCCAAGUGCGCCGGGCAGCUCUGGAUCCCAAGCUCUAUAUAAGCUGUUGGAGUCAGUUCAUGGCAGACACAUGCUCUUUCAGUCUCUCCAGUUUCCUGCCUCUCAUAAUCAAAUCUUUCGGAUACGACACAGUCACGACGCAGCUUCUCACUGUUCCGGUCUUUUUCUGGGGCUCUGCGGCCUAUCUCGUCAUCUCUUGGAUGUCAGAUCGAUGGGCCUACCGGGCCCAUUUCAUGAUGCCCGCAGCCCUUUUAACCGCUGUAGGAUAUGCGAUAAAUCUGGGAGUGCCUGGGAGAGAGCGCGGAGUUUUGUAUUUUUCAACUUUUCUUGUCGCGCCUGGAGCAUAUAUUAUCGUCGGCUUGAACUGCGCUUGGUUGUUGAAUAGCCACGCACCGUAUUACAAGCGCGCCAUGGCUAUCGGCACCAACCAAACGAUCGGCAACACUGCUGGCAUAUUGGUAGGCCAAGUGUUCAAGACCAAGCACAAUGGCAAGUAUGUGAUUGGUCUCAGCACCUCGCUUGGCGCUGCAUUGCUAGCAAUCGUUGGUCACAUUGUGCUGUACUCCUAUCUUCUCCGAGAAAACAAGAGAAGGGAAAAGCUGUCCCUAGAAGAGAGACAAGCGGAGAUUGAUGCCGGCAGCUCGGGCGAUUUCCAUCCUAACUAUCGCUACGCAUUGUAG